AGGCACACAUACGAAAGUAGAAGAAUCAUCGAGUAACCGUUGUGCUUGUUAUCUGUUAAAUAAUAUCUCUCUUUCUAAAUCAGCAAAAAGCAUAAAAAGACAAUUUAAUCAACAUUGAAAACAAUCAUCAUCUAAAUACAAAAUAUAAAUAAAGAAUUAAGCAUGUUUGCGGUCUCACGUACCAGUUGACCAUCCACAUUUAUAAAUGAGUUCAUCUAUCGAUGUGGGAUUUUUUAAUUGAUACAAAUGAUAACUUUGUGGCGAUUGUUUGAAUAUAGCCAAUUGUACUUGAAAUUUGCUCUGAAAUGAAAUAUACGGCAGGUUGAAAUAGAGGGUAACAAUACCAAGAAAAAAACAACAUACAAGUAAGGACAAACGUCUUAUGCACAUAAUGGAAGUGUAUUAUGUGAGUGAACUGUUUUCUUCUAUUUUUAUUCUGAACACUGCGUAUCACAUUACUCGUUCUUUUUAUUUCAAACUAUUCUCUAUAUCUCUCUGCCAAAAGGAAUCGUUUCGUCUACGAACACUCGUUUCGUCUACGAACACUCGUUUCGUCUACGAACACUCGUUUCGUCUACGAACACUCGUUUCGUCUACGAACACUCGUUUCGUCUACGAACACUCGUUUCGUCUACGAACACUCGUUUCGUCUACGAACACUCNCACUCGUUUCGUCUACGAACACUCGUUUCGUCUACGAACACUCGUUUCGUCUACGAACACUCGUUUCGUCUACGAACACUCGUUUCGUCUACGAACACUUCUCCCAAUCAUCAAACAUUUUCGAACGUGUAUAUCAUCUAUGUUCAAACAAAUGAACGCAAUAGCACCGAUUACAACAUCAAGAAAAUAUUUCAGCUUCCUCAAUGAAUAAUAAUAUCGAAAAUUUAUGUAAAUGGUACCUAGGUUCAAGAAAUUACUCAAAAUGUUUACAUUUAGGUAUGUUUCAUGAUGAUUUUAUUUUGUUGCUAUAACUUUUUACGUAUUUUUAUUUAGAUAGUGGUCUCUGUAAUAUAUUAGACCUUUAUUGCAUUAAAGAACGAACAAUUCAAGAUAUCAUUGCUGAACAAAACAUCGAUUCAAUUCGUAUUCUAGAAUCUCCUGAACUAUUACCAAUUAAAAUAUCUGAAUUAUUCAUAAAAGAAAAUAAUUAUAUAAUUCCAAAUGAUGUUAUUGAUGUUCGAUCAUUAAUGAGUAAUUAUGAGCAUGCACACUGGUUUAAAUUAUAA